UUUACCACUAAUCAAACCUAUCACUUUGACGAUCCCAGAAAGAGUGCACCUCCUGCAACGUCUCAUUCACAGACUUAUCGAGCUAUCUAUGAUUACGAGGCCCGUGAAGACGAUGAAGUCACUUUUAUCGAGGGAGAUAUUAUCCUGAAUGGGGAUCCAAUCACCGAAGGUUGGAUGUUUGGCACUGUGCAGCGCACCGGACAGUUUGGCAUGCUCCCAUCUAAUUAUGUGGAACUUUUGAAAUGA